AGAGAGAGGGGGAGAGAGAGAGAGAGAGAGAGAGAGAGAGAGGCAGGGGCUAUACAAGCAUGCCUUUUAUAUUUACUAGCAAUUGAGGAGGAGAGAGCCGGAGAGACGGAAAGAGAGAGAGAAAGAGAGAGAGAGGGUGAAGAUACAAGCAGUGUGCGUAGCUUUCCCAAGAGGAAAUGAAAAGAAAAAGGCUCUGCAAGGCAAGAGAGAGAGAUAGAGACUGAAAGAGAGUGUGAGAGAGAGAGAGAGAGGGAGCAAGUGUAUCUUCUCACUCAAGUCAUAUCUGAGAAGAGUCGGAUGGUAGGAAAGUGUGCGUGUAAGAGAAGGAGAGAGCGAGAAAGGGAGCGAGCGAGAGAACGAAGCUUAGGUCUCUCCACGUCCAUGCUCACUCUCUCUCUCUCACGCUCAGACUCACGGCGGACGCUCUUUUGUGUGAGCAGGAUUGUUCUGCGUCCAGUCUGACCCCCUGUCACCCCCCCAGAGUGUGUUUAGGCAUGUGUGUGUGAGCCUGUGUCUGCGUGUGUGAGGGUCCUGGAACGCGGAGGUCUUGCUUAGGGGGUCUGUCCGAGUCAAGGGGGCGUCUGAAGAAGAGGAGGAGUGUGUCCUGGCACAGCUGCUCAACACUGGACAUGCACAUCAGCCCCUCUGCGGGAGGUCUGGGUCUGACAUAGCCUCGGCCAGUCGCAGCCUGCGUUUGAGGCGGCCACACGCGCAGGAGCGCCAUGGCAGCCAUGCCGUUUGUCACUGAGGGGAAGUGUGUGAGUGUGGAGUGGGACUUCCUGCAAGGACUCCUCGCCAAACCACCCACCCUGCCCUGCUUACAAAACCUGCGUAAGGAGAAGUCACGAAACGCAGCACGAUCUCGUCGUGGGAAAGAAAACUUUGAGUUUUUUGAGCUGGCCAAGAUGCUUCCUCUCCCCGGCGCCAUUACCAGCCAGCUGGACAAGGCCUCCGUCAUCAGACUGACCAUCAGCUACCUGCACAUGAGACACUUUGCCAGCCAGGGAGACCCACCCUGGAGCCCCCUGAUGGAAGGGGAGAACAACUGCAACAAGGUGCGGAGAAGCAGUCAUUCACUCGCAACUGACAUAUUUGAGCAGCACCUGGGAGCACAUCUACUACAGUCUCUGGAUGGGUUUGUGUUCGUGGUCAGUCAAGAGGGCCGAUUCCUGUACAUCUCUGAGACUGUGUCCAUCUAUCUGGGCCUCUCACAGGUGGAGCUGACUGGCAGUAGUGUGUUUGACUACAUCCAUCCUGCAGACCAUGUGGAGAUGGCAGAGCGUCUUGGAAUUAAGCCACACCUCCGCGCAGAGGCGGGCUGUCAGGUGGCUCAAGAAAGCAUCUCAAGCUCCGCCUCCACAUCCUCUCUGGCUGGCACACCUGAACCAGCCCCUUCUAGUCCUCUCUCAUCCGGGGAUGAGCUGGCAGAGCGAGGUUUCUUUAUCCGGAUGAAAUCCACCCUCACUAAGCGCGGACUCCAUGUCAAAUCUUCCGGUUAUAAGGUGAUCCAUGUAACUGGCCGGAUUCGCUGUCGCCCCGCCCUUGUGCCAGGCUCCUCCCGCUCGCUCCAUCGGCCAAUGGGACUGGUCGCACUUGCUCACACGCUCCCACCCUCCACUCUUAAUGAAGUGCGCAUGGAGAGUCACAUGUUCGUCUUCCGUGUUAACAUGGACCUCCAGGUCACCUACUGUGAGAACAGGAUCUCUGAGUAUAUGGAUCUGAGCCCAGCUGAAGUGGUGGGACAUACUUGCUAUCACUUCAUCCAUGUGGAGGAUUUGGACAUGAUCCGUCAGAGCCACGAAGACUUGCUGCGGAAAGGGCAAGUUGUGACUGGUUACUAUCGCUGGCUGCAGAGGAGAGGAGGUUACGUCUGGGUCCAGUCAUGCGCCACUGUGUCUAUCAACCACAAAGCCCCCCACGAACGCAACGUCAUCUGGGUCAACUAUAUACUGAGUCGGACGGAACUGCCAGACACACCGCUGGAUUUACUACAACUCCCAGAAACUCUGAGAGCCGAGCGUCUACGGGCAAACUCCUCUCCUCGGGACAUCUCUCCAAAGGCACAUGGCCCCACCGGAACUCAGCCAGGAAAGGGUGGAGGAAGCCGGAACGAACCUGAGCGUAAAGGAAGAGAAUCAUACGCUCACCCAACUGUUAACCAGUCAGACGAUAGGAGAAAGAGGCCUCAUCGGUCCAGCCCUGAAAACGGUCCCCCAGAAACGAGGAGGCGUAUGGAAGCAUUUCGGCAAAGAGAAGACAGUCCUUCUGGGUCUUCAGAUCCAGGCAGCGACAGUGAUGCAGAUGAGGAGGAAGAAGAGGAGGACAAGGAGAGUGAGUGGGACCAUAAUGGCAACAGCAAGAGAGUGAAGAGUGAGGAGGGCGUGCCCAAGCAGGCCGGCAGGGUCAGUGGUCUGGAUAAAGCCCAUAAUGGCCGCGCUGUGAUUCAGCAACUGAAAAGCGUAGUGACCAGCACGGCUGGAUCAAACAUUAAAACUGAGCGUUCAACCACCGGAGGGCGAUGGGGUCACCCUCACCCCAGUGCCCAUGCCACCAGUGGCAUAAAUGGCUGCAGCCCCCCUUCUCAAGCUCCAGACCCGAUCGCUACAGAAGCUCCGGCCAAGGGCCUUUUCAGUCCCCCGUCUCCUACCCUGUCCUCACCCAUCCCGGCUUCGCCACUGCCCAGAGAAGAGCGCCCAAUUCACAGUGCUCGCGGCCCAGAUUAUGAGCUCCUCCAGAGACUGGCUGCAGGUGGGGCAGCUGGCCGAGUCCUCUUCCACCCAUUGGCCCUCGGCCCUCAGGGGCCUCAGAGCCUUUACGCCCCGAGCACUAUUCGCUACGCACCGCCUGAGCUGCCCACGACGCACACUGACAGCCACCGCACUGAUCACACCCCCAAAUCGCCCGCUUUCUUCCCUCACCUGCAGAGGAUUGCUGGGCUGCCACCCUUCAGCGGCUUCUCACCCUCAGAACCGCCAUUUCCCCCAUCGCUGCCCUUCUGCAUGAACGGACUGAGAGGGGCAGCAGGAACGGAGGAGGACUGAGAAAGAGAGGUCAGAUAUAGAGAGGUGGAGAGAGAGAGAUGAGAGGAAUUGAUUUAUCCAUGCUCCACCCACAGGUGCAUUCUUUUUUAACUACUGUUUUGAGGUUGUACAAGCUUUACAGAAUGCUGGUGAAAUGUUCAGCCCAUUGAGAAAUUGUAGGACGAAUUAUUCACGUUGGAAUGCUAUUUUUUAUUUUAGGAUCACUACGUAAUGUUAAAUGUCCAGUUUAAUAUGAUACAAAUAACUAAUGGUGUUGUUCACAUACCAAGCAGGGUUUAAAAAGCCCAUAUAAUGGAAAACUAAAUCUUCUCUUAGUUGGAAGUGCUAUGACAACAAUGCUAAUGUUUCAAAACAUGCCAUUCACUACCCAGUCCAUACAGUCCAUACAUGGAAACUAUGCUGCCAAAACAGCCCGUUUUGUAUUAAUUGUUUCUGUGAUUGUACGAGAACUGACUCAUUUACAUUUAUCCACCUAAUCAGUCUACAGUAGUUUAACCCUGCACAUUCAUACUGAAGUUCUAAGGAGUGUUUCAGAGUGCUUUUUGAAUGAGGCAGCCAAUCAGAACAGAGUUCAUUUACAUAUAUCGAUCUUAAAGGCACAGU